AGAUUUUUGCACACGCUCUGUAGCUAAUGAGCAUGCUCAGAAAAGAGAAUGUAGCCAUUUUGACAUUGCUGAACUACAGCCCAGCUUUCUGCGGGGAAACAAGUCCAGCUGUUAUUAUAUCUGUUAUUCAGAGCUAAAAUUUAUCACCACGAUGCCCACAACUGUGGUUCUCUGGCUUUUCUUGUCAGUGGUCUGUGCAGCAAGAGGCCAUCAACCCAUAGAGCAAGCUAAACAAGCCACAGACCUCUCUGCAGACAGCAGUGAUGACAAACUCUUAUUGGUGACCUCAGCAAACAAAGGGUUUGCCUUCAAUCUCUACAGGAAGUUGGUAGCUCAUGCUUCCUCUAAAGGCCAAAACAUCUUCUUCUCCCCAGUUAGUGUCUCUGCCGCCUUGGCUGCUCUGUCUGUGGGGGCUCGAGGAGAGACCCAUCAGCAGCUGUUUCGUACUCUGGGCUUCAACAGCUCCCAGCUAACUCAGUCGGAUAUAAAUAAUGCGUUUCUGAAAAUCAUUGGAAGUAUGGCGUCUAAGAUCAGCCAAGGCACCGCUGUGUUUGUUGAUAGCCUGUUCACACCAAAGCCUGACUUCCUGCAUGUCCUGAAGCAGUGGUAUUUUACUGAGGGGUUCAAGGUUGACUUCAGUAACCCUAUAGAGGGCGUCAAUACCAUCAAUCAGUGUGUAUCCAGAAUGACCAGUGGAAAAAUAACUCGCUUAGUAGAAAGCCUGGACCCAAGCACAGUCCUGUAUCUCCUGAACUAUGUCUAUUUCAAAGGAAUCUGGGCAACUCCAUUUGAUCCAAAGCUGACUACGCUAGAUUUGUUCAGAGUGACGGAAACCGUUGAGGUUCCAGUCCCAAUGAUGAGGAUGAAAGCUGAUGUGGACACUUAUUAUGACAAGGCCAUUGCUACAUCAAUCCUCCAUCUGCCCUUCAACAACUCUUACUCCAUGCUGCUGCUGCUACCUGACACCAUGGAGACACUGGAGAGCAAGAUCAGUCCUGCACACAUCACCAGGUGGUUGAAACAGCUGAAACAAAGGAAGUACAAGAUCUCUGUUCCCAUGUUCUACAUGAAUACCUCCUACAAGCUGAAUGAUGUGCUGAAUGAAAUGGGAAUGGCAGACAUGUUUGAGAAUCAUACAAACCUCAGCGGCAUUACAGAUGGACAGAAACCGGUUGUGUCUGAGGUUAUACAUCAAGCAACGCUGGAUGUUGAUGAGACUGGGGCUACUGCUGCCACUGGUGUUGGCAUCUCUCUUUUCUCUCUCAUUGCCCCGGAAUUGAAGUUUAAUCGUCCUUUUAUAGUGAUGAUCACUGAGUUCACCAUGUUGUCUGCACCAGUUGUCCUUUGGAUCUUAUCGGCAUUGGUUUGCGUAGGAAGAAGCCAUCAUCACAUAGGGCAUGGAGAGAAAGCCCAAGAUACUGCUGCAGACGAUGCCAACAACAAAAUCUCACUGGUGACUUCAGCAAACAAAGAGUUUGCCUUCCGUCUCUACAGGAAGUUAGCAGGGGAUGCUUUCUCCCAAGGCAAAAACAUCUUCUUCUCCCCACUUAGUGUCUCUACUGCCUUGGCUGCUCUGUCUGUGGGGGCACAAGGUGAGACCCAUCAGCAGCUGUUUCGUGGUCUGGGCUUCAACGGCUCCCAGCUUGCUCAGACAGAUGUAAACCAGGCCUUUCGUACGUUCUUUGCAAACACCUCUCAGGACAUUAGGCAAGGCACCGCUAUAUUUGUUGGCAGCAUCUUCAAGCCAAAGCCUGAGUUCCUAGAUGCUCUGAAGCAGUCCUUUUCAGCUGAGGGUUUCAGUGUUGACUUCACCAAAACUACAGAGAGUGCUGAUACCAUCAAUCAGUAUGUCUCUGAUAAGACUAAUGGAAAGAUAAACAAGCUGGUUGAAAGCCUGGAUCCAGACACGGUCAUGUAUCUUCUCAGCUACAUCUACUUCAAGGGAAAAUGGGAAACUCCCUUUGAUCCUCGAGAUACCAAGCAGGAUGUGUUCAGAGUGGAAGAAAACACUGAGGUUCAAGUUCAGAUGAUGGAAAUGGAAAAAGAUGUUAAUAUUUAUAGUGACAAGGCUAUCAACACAACGGUUCUUCAUCUGCCUUUCAACAACUCCUACUCCAUGCUGCUGCUGUUACCGGAAAAUAUGACAAUGCUGGAGAACAAUAUCAGCCCUGCACAUGUCGCCAGAUGGUUGAAGUGGCUAACGACAAAGACGUACAUCAUCUAUGUUCCCAAGUUCUCCAUCAAGACCUCCUAUAAUCUGAAGGACGUGCUGACUGAAAUGGGAAUGGCAGACAUGUUUGGGGAUCGUGCAGACCUCGGCGGCAUUACAGAGGAACAGAAACUGGCUGUGUCUGAGGUUGUGCACCAAGCCACGCUGGACGUAGAUGAGACCGGAGCCACAGCUGCGGCAGCGACCGGUAUAGGCUUUAUACCUCUGUCUUUCCACUACGUCCCAGAGCUGAAGUUCAACCGUCCUUUCAUGGUGGUCAUCACUGAUCGAACUACAGAAAACAUGCUUUUUAUGGGCAAGAUUGUCAACCCAAACAUCUGAGAGAAGACUUUUUCUUUAAGCACAGUUUUGUCAGUACUGAAUACAAAGAAAAGACUUUCUGUGGUGUCUUGUUCUCAUUGCAUACACAAGUUAUAUGUAAUAAGACUCCCAUUUGUAUUUGAAGUUCCUUAAAUAAAAAAGCAAUGCAAGACAAAGUUGAAC